AUGUCACUCUUAUUACCGACAGUGUUAUUUGUCUUGCUGGUACACUUCACAAGAACCCAAAAGGAAUUACAAAUCGGUCUGCUGGUUCCCUUGAGUGGGCAAAAGAGCAUGGGAGAGGAGGUUGUAACCGCAGCCCACCUCGGUAUCCGGAACAUCAACAAUGACUCGAGCCUUUCAAGUGUCCGGUCGCAAGGUUACCACUUCAACCUCAUGGUCAGUGACACUGGAUGCAACACGGGUCAGGGAUUGCAGCGAGUGGUGGAGUUGGUGACCGGUGUUAAUCACAGCGGACAUAAGGUGGAUGCUCUUAUUGGACCAUCAUGUGAUAAUGUUUGCGAAACUGCCGGGCUGUUGGCUGGAAGAUGGGGUAUUCCAAUGGUUAGCUAUGGGUGUGAGGAGAGUAAGCUAUCUGACCAGACUCUGUACCCAACGUUUGCAAGGUUGGUAGCAGUUGUCUUUGACAAGAUGACCGGUUUUCUGGAAGAUGUCUUGCAUCAUUACGGCUGGGAGCGAGUCAUGCUGGUCACAACCUCAGCACAAGUCUGGCUGGAGACGGAAGCAGAUUUGCUGGUUUUCUAUGCUCACCAAGGAGAUUCUACAAGUUUUGAAAUAUUCAAUAAUAAUAAUAAUAUGUCCUGGUCCGCGCUCCAGGAAAGUUUCACUCAAAUGUUCGUGCUUCUGAUGUUUGGAAUCGACGUUCUCAAGUUCAUGAAAGCCGCCAAUGACGCAAAACUCCUGGAAGGGAAGCAUGUGUUUGUGACCAUAGACUUCGCCAACAUGGGCAAGAGAAUCAAACAUGGCUUUGAUGGGCCUCAUCUUACAGGCUUACUUGACAUCACCAUGGAUGUGACUCCAGAGAGUGCCACAUUCCGGCAGUUUGUCGACGACAUACAAGACAACUCCACACUGAGUACAUCGAGGUACGCUGGCAACGACUCCUGUAGCCAUUACGAGUUUGGAAUCCACGCUGGACUCAUGUACGAUGCCAUGAUGCUGUACGCAAGGGCAGUGGAUUCCUGUUUAAAAGCCGGGCAAAAUGCAACAAACGGUUAUCAGAUAGCCAAGCAUAUGUACAACGUGACUAUACAAGGUGUCACAGGUGUCGUUAGUGUGAUGGCGGACGGAAGCAGACAGUCACAGUUUAUGUUACACAACCUCAGAGACGGAUGCUACAUGCCUGUAGCCAGAAGUGCAGACGAUGGGCGAGCGUUUAUAUAUCUCAACAACACAGUAAUCUGGCCUGGCGGAAGCGAAGUCACCCCCCUUGGUAGGCCUCCGUGUGGCUGGGAUGGUAAACUUUGUGACAAUAAAUUGGUGUACACAGACCACGGCAUUAAAGCUUCAACAUGCUACACGGACACCAACGCUGAAUGUAGAAAUUUCACACUGAGACACGAAGAGAACAAGAGAGACUCUAGCAGAGCUUGGAUCAUUCACGCUGAAGAUCUGAGACUCAAAGACAAAGGUCUCGGGAAAUCUCGAGUGUCCAUCAGAAACAGUCCUUCCAGCAGGACUGUGUACAGUGACUCUCGUGUUUCGUUGACAACAGAUUCUUCAUACGGCCAAGUGUUCGCAGAACAGUAUAUUUAUCACAACGAAGAAGUCGCGGGCAAGAGAAUACUACUCAACAGCAAGACGGGUAUUGUCGUGACAAAACAGCUCUCCAAACAUGUUAACCAUGUCAUCCAGCUGAGUAACGCAAAUAUCUGUAAAUUUUACGGCGUCUGUGUCGACGCUGGGCAAGAGAUGACCAUCUGGGAGUACUGCAGAAAAGGAAGUGUCCAGGACGUCAUACAUAAUGAUAAGAAAUAUCUUGAAGACAUGCCUUUCAAGAUCUCCUUCAUGAAUGACAUAACAAAGGGUCUUCGAUAUCUUCACCACUCAAAACUGGGGCACCAUGGACGACUGAAAGCUGCAAAUGUGUUAGUGGACAAUCGGUGGACGUGUAAACUGACCCACAUGAUCAUUCCUGGAUU